GCUCCGCACCAGGGAGAAACCUGACUUGCCGCUUUUGCCGCCAAUUCACGUCUAGCAGAUUUGUUGCCAACCAUGUCAAGACACCCUCGUGAGUCCGAUUCUGAUGUGUCCGAAGAUGACGAGAUGCCAACAAAAAAAGACACGCAAAUCAUUCAAGCAGGGAUUCCGAAGGACAUUUACAAAUGCCUGGACAUGUCUUCGAGCAUCUGCUAAAGCACAGUGUGAUGUGCAUUGCCGAUUGUGUAGAAAAGAUUUUAGUUGUGCACACGGAGGAUAAAAUGACUGCCGAAAACGUACUCCAUAUAUCACAAAAACAUGUUUUCGAGGGCUGCUUCAUCAAGCACCAUGACCAACUUCCUCGUGAGGAGUGAGAAAAACAGCCAAACAAAGCUACAGCUACAAAAUCGUAAAAGUUGAAGUGAUGACGUGCGAAGUGAUUGCAGAGCUGAAUUUACCGCUUGGCACUGCUAACCCAGUACUUCCAAAGCAUGUUCACCGACUCUGAAAUAGCUAAAGGUGAAAAUAAAUUCAAGUUACUGGGUACAGAGGUGAAAUCUGCUGGAUUGAGCUGAACAAAUUGUCUUGCUUUGGGCUCUGACAGUGGUAACAUCAUGGUUGGGCAGCACAAAGGAGCCUCUGCACAAAGGAGUCUCUCAUGUGAGACUGGGACCACCGAUAGAUGCCGUCAAAUUCCUGGAACUGAUCAGUUCUGACUGGAAACAACUGUGACUUAAGCUAGGUUUGAAAAACCUAUUGGGCAAAUAGGGAAAAAGGCACGAAGUGAAAUAUGGUCACCCCCUCUAGAAGGACAGCGCUGAAGAUGUGCUUUCCAGCUAUCAAAAUCUUGUCGAGAAGGUGUGGAAAGAAAAUCCCAGAGCUCAUGUUUUGGCAUCUGGCAUAUUGCCUAGAUGUAAAAACAACUUUCUUGGAAGGUACACCAGCCAAGUCUUCCUCAUUUCUGUCACUGAGAUGGCGGUCAUCAUCAACAAGACUUUGUUAGAUGUUUCCAAGAAGAUCAACAGUUUUGAAUUUGUUGAUCAUUCCAGCUUUCUUGCUGAGAACGACACAGUCAGUCGUCAUCUACCCAGUACUGACGGCCUUCAUGAUAGUGUAUUGGGCACUAAGACUUUUCUGAACACCAUUCUUGAAAGUGCCAACAAGGUGCUUGUGAGGGAUGCUGAAGAACAGAUCAGGUUUGCUAGAGGACGUGGCACCAUCUUUGCAGCCCGCAGUACAACACAGCCCACAGUACAACACAGCGAGCCCGUGACAUGUGAAGAAACACCUUCCCAAAAUCGUUGUUAUGCCAUCCACAUCAAGGGAUACAUGUGACCAAGCUGUCGUGCAAAGUGAAGUGGAUCCAUCAUCACCACCGUGUUUGAAGGCUGCUGAACAAACCUGUUUCAAACAUCAUCAGGAUUUUUUCUGCAAGAAGUCAUUUAUGUACAGUCAGACAUAUGUACUUAAAGGUCUGCCUGAUGAAGAAGGAACUUCAGCUGGCUUCUCCUAUAAACAGUGGGGAUGCAUGUUCCAAGUCUUCAUUUUAAAUUGGCUUUGUGGGCAAAAGGGAUGUUGUUACGUUUGGAGACUUUAUGUGCCAGACAUCUAUCACAAAUUUUGAAAAUGGCAACAUUGUUGACAGAAAAUGUUGAGCUUAACCCUGGCCUUCAAUCAGUAAAUCUAUCCUAAUUCAUUACUGUUAAUUAUUUAUUCAGGAGUUAAACAGUUUAUGGUCUCACUUACAGCUGUACAAAGUUGGUAUGUGUUAUGCACCGUGGAAUAUUUGUUUCUUCAUUACAAGGUGCUACUGAGGCUUAUUCAUGGUGAUGAGCAUCAAUAGCAUCUUGUCAUUUGGGGGUCUUAUAGGACUGUGGCCAUGUUACAAAAUUAGCACUUUAACAACUAACUUUCUUUUAUUUCUGCAAACAUGUUAUCAGUGAACUCUUUAUAAAAUCAGUUUUUCUUGGGUUUUUUUUUUUUGAAUUGCAGCAUCCUUCCUGUGGGGGUUAGAUGUACAGCUGUUCAUCACACCAUUCAAGAAAUGAGUGUUAUGCAGAUGAGUUUACUAACAUUGAGCAGUGGGCUUUGAAAUUGUCAUCGGGGCAUUUUCAUGAGAUUUAUACAGAGUUGAGUCUAUGUUAUCCUAAGCUGGAGUUACCCUGCUUUGAACCAUAACCGGUAUCUGAUCCGGUUACACCCGGAGACAUUUUUCCAGAAGAUUGAACAUUUCCGGAAACAAAGUGAGGAAAGUGGUUUGCACCUGCAUUUCCACUUUGAAGUGUGGACCCGUGAUCACCAGACAUUCAAACGUAGAUUGCCUUCCACUUCUGACAGUGAAAACAGUGUUAAGACUAAAGAUGGAUGUGUAUUAUGUGGAAAAACCUGAUAACAGCAGACUACCUCAUCUGACAACUCCAGCAGAAGUUGUUAGUCACAGUGGUCAAAAUUUAAUAUUACACCCUUUCCGAACAUCAAAUCAAAGCUCUGACGAAGCUUGGAUAAGGAAUAUCAAGUUCAAUCUGCAAAGUGACCCAUAUCGCUUUCUUGGAACAAAGUUUUGCGCUACAAUGAACGUCUACAAACCCAGCUUCAGUACGCCACAGGGCAAAGCCUACAACACUGGAAACUAUACAUGUGUAAUGAAACACUUGCAAAGCGCAGCAGCUAGACAAAGAAGCCAUGGCGACCUUUUCUUCUGCACCUGAAAACCUGUCAUUGGACAUGUCUGUCAAUAUUCCUGUUGAUAUUCCAUGAGUUCCUGUCAUUGGAAAGAACAAGGUCACUGGUGAAAUGAAACAUCAGUCACUGAACGCAGAAGAGGUCUUCAACAUUGCUGAGCCUCUGUCAGUUUAUGAAAACUAUAAACGUCAGUUGCUACAAGUGGGAGUGUUUAAAAUUCAGGACUUUGGCACCUGGAAACGAUUCCAACCCAGCAAGAAACCAAGGGGUCAACAGCAUUAGCCAGAUGAUACAUGUUUCCCACUAACACCACGAGGAGGUUCUGCUGAAUGGUUAGUGAUAGGAACCAAUUACUGGGUUCCAGGGGCCAAUUACCGUGCCCCAGCUCCUAAUUGGAGGAGCAAAAAAAUGUCACACAAACGACUCCAAUUACACUGGAGUAAAGUAAACAGUUACUUAAUCAUGAAGACUUUCGAUCUGAGCAUCCACCGAGGAUGAGACGAGGAGCAUCCUUCAGUGGGUGAUGGGGGUUGCACUUCUUGCGCUGAUGGAGCUGUUUGUCCCAGGCUGUUCAUCACCGUUUAUUGCAGCCAGGGGCGUCGGCAAGCUCUGCAAAUGAGGUGCCUCCUCCAAGGGAUAGUGCCAGUUCUUCAGAUGAAGCGGGUGAAGCAGGAGGAGCCUGGAUUUCUGGGGAGAUGGUGGUGGUGCGGGGCCUAGACUCCACCUCCAUCUCCACCAAACCAUCCAUGAUUCUUCUUGUGGCAUCUCUGCAAGGAGGAUCGCUUCUGCAACAUCCUCGGGCUCGGACCGAGCCCUCUUGGAAACGCAAUUGCCCAUUGAAAUCAAAAGAAGUGAAAGAAAUGAAAAAGAAUUCGUCCAAGUAUCCCAUAAAAACAAAUCACCUCCUAAAUAUAGCCUCUGUCGAGGUGGGUAUAGCAACUUUUCAUAGCGCAUCCACAACGCUGUAAAUGACCCAGUCCGGACAGAACUCAGAAUUUUUUAGUGCAAUAACUUAAAAAGUUGUUUAACAUUGUUUGCUGAAAUUUAGUUCACACGUGCAUCACUAUUAUAAAUCUGCAAGAAUUAUAUUUGUACCUUUUUUAGCACCAACAAUUUGACAAAACCAUCGUAUGUAAAUAACACAGGAGCUUCGUGCUAGACUGCAUUAAAUCAUUGACUGCCGAACGGACGUCUUCUCUGCAACAAUGUAUUCUUUCUCCUUGUUGUCCUCAGCUAUCAGUCGAAGUUCAAAGCCUCCAAAUCUCUAGGCUGGUCUUCAGUACUUGCUCCAUUGUAAAUGGUGCUCGGCAGUCUAGAGGUUCAAAUCCAGUACAUUCCUUUCCAUUUUUUUCGCGUUUUUUUUUUCAUUAUCAGAACUUUAUAAACACCAGGCUGCCAGAACUGGUAGAAGAUUAGUGGCGUGUACCCAGGCAAUGCUGUUGGAUAACAUCUUUAAUUAUUAUUAUUAUUAUUAUUCUUAGUCGUCUCGUAAGUUUGCAAUAUCUCAAAAACUGUGAAAGUAAGAAAAAAAAAACUUUGGAGUCUUAAUAAGGAACAUAUGAAGCAGCUUUUCAGGUUGCGUGCUGUUUUACCACUCACGUGAUUUAGCGGCCAUUUUGAAUUUUCAUGAUACGCUAAAAAAAAUUCUCCAAAACGGCAAAACCUAUCGAGCUAAACGUUUCGUUUACAGUUUACAGGUGGAUCGUUCUACCCAGAUUGUAAAAAGCUUUUAGUUCGGUAUGCAAAUAAGGCCAAAACUGACCAACGAACAUGGCUCAAAAAUAGGUCAUUUUUAAAAACCGCUUAAAAUCACAAAAAACACAUACACUAUCUUGUGCCCCUUGGCAUCACAAUUACAAAUAUGCAAGAAUUAUUUUUGUACUUUGUGUUGUUUUUAUCUUAUGACCAAAAAACACCAGCAAAAAUCCGAAAAAAUCGUCGUAUGUAAAUAACAUGAGAGCUUCGUGCUAGACAGCAUCAAACCAUUGACUGCAGUUUACCGUGGGUAGGGGCAUGAGCUAUGUAACAAUGUAUUCUUUCUCCCUGUUGUCCUCAGCUAUCAGCCGAAGAUCAAAGCCGCCUAAUCUCUAUGCUAGUCUUCAAUAAUUGGUCCAUUGUAAAGGGUACCCGGCAGUUUUGGGGUUCAAAUCCAAUACAUUCCUUUCCAUUUUUUUUGCGCCUUUUUUUUAAUAUCAUGAACUUUAUAAACACCAGGCUAGCAGAAGUGGUAGGAGAUUAAUGGCGUGUACCCCGACAAUGCUGUUGGAUAACAUCUUUAAUUAUUAUUAUUUUCGACAAAACUCUGCCGUGUUUCUAGCAAAACCGGCCAGUCCAAUGUUUAUAAAAUUUUAUCAUGUUUGUCUCCCAGACUUAAAGUUGUGCAUCGUAACUUUUUCGGCAGAUAGGGACGUGAGAUUUGAGCUGCAGUUGCACAAAGCCAAGGUACAUUUAGAGUGUGAUUGUGUACUCCUUUGAAAAUUGUACAAGCUCGCUAUUGGGUGAAAAUUUCAUGUGACCAAAAAACCCUUUUUUUUUCCAGUGAUGUCUAUGAUUCAAAGUUAAUGUCCAGCAAAUGCUCAUAUCUGAUGCAGAUUUGAAAGCUGAUUCCAAAUAUUCAAUUUUUGCAAAACCGGAAGUGACGUUAGAGAUGCAAUCUUAAGGCCUUAUAUCAUCCCAAGGAAAGCAGACAGCCUUCAUAUAGCCGGAAGGCAAUGAAACGCUAUCUCCCGUUUUUCCAGGUCAAAUAACACCAAACUGUUACAGCUGUAAAGCUGAAAAUCGCUGUAAAUAAUGGACUAUGCAUGUACUCUGUGCAUCAUGAAAAUCGUGAACCUGUGUCAAAGGCAGAUUUACCACAUUCGGCACAUUUACAUGCUAUAUAGUGUAAUACACUGCAAAUGACCGGCCAACUGCCUUAUUGAUGAACGCUGUAGGGUCUAAUUGAAAGUUUGAAAGGCGUAAAUCCGGUUAUGUCGUUUUUUUCUUUUCUCCGACGAACAGUUUUUUCGCGAAUUGCCAUUAAAGUGCGAAAAAGGUGAAAUUUCACCCCUGUUUGGAGGUCACGUGACACAAAGAUGACUGAGUGCAAAUGGCUAUAUGUGUACUGUAUGCGUGCAGAAAAUUUUCAAGUGUCGUAAUAAAUGCGGGAGUUCCAGUGCUUGAAAAAUUGUCCAAAGGCCGUUUUACUAUAUUUGGCAAUUUGACGUCCCCAUGUUAUUUGAUGCAUUUUAAAUGCAUUUAUGACUAGGGUAAAUGUACAAACAUGAUAACGUAGUUCAACGUCCUGAUCAUGAAUCUGUACUUGUUUCUUUCCUGCGACGUAUAUUUUUGCCGUAAAUUGCGAUCAAAUAGCGAAAAAUUGCAAUUUCCACCAUACUGGAUUUUUCAUGACCUUAAACUUUUACAGUUGUAAAGCUGAAAAUCACUGAGUGCAAAGCGCUAUACAUGUUCUCUAUUUGUGCUGAAAAUCGUUGAGCUGUGUUGAAAAGACGAGACAAAUGACUACGAAGAAUGUAGACUGUUCUAAUGGGUUGGUUAUGUAUGUAUACAUGGACACCAUGACGGUAAACGGAAGUGAUACCGUAUAAGCCGGCAAUACCGGCGUAAACCCAGGAAUCGCUGCUUUAGCAGCUAUAUUUUCUUUUGUAUUUAUCAUCUCAGAGUACACGUCUCUAAACAUUUUCUUUAUUCUUUCCAACAGAGUUGUUUCCCCUGAAAGACAUUUGUUAGAGGUUUAAUGCUCUGAAAUACCUUUCUCCAUUUUCUGUAUUUCUUCUAUGCUCUCUUUUACUUCUUUUAUGCUGUAUGUUCUUUUCACAAACUAGUAUCCCCUGAACAAUAUUUUCUCCAUUUUCUGUAUUUCUUCUAUGCUUUCUUUUACUUCUUUUAUGCUUUAUGUUCUUUUCACAAAAUAGCCUCCCCUAAACAAUAUUUUGCUCUAUUCAUGUACUUCUUUCGCGUUUUACAGCGACACCGGGAUUCAAGCCGGUAUUGCCUGCCUAUACGAUGUCAUUUCCGGUUACCCUAAUGGUGUUCAUGGAUAGAUACAUAACCAACCUAAUUAGAAAGCCUACAUUCUUCGUUGUGAUCAGUGCAUUGUAAAUACGCUGUGUAUCUUGUAUAUGUAGGUGUGCCAAACGGAGUAAACCGACCAUUGGCCAAUAUCUGAAGGCCUGCAUGUCCCGUCUUUUUCAACACAGCUCAAUGAAUUUCAGCACACAUAGAGCACAUGUGCACUCAGUGAUUUUCAGUUUUACAACUGUAAUAGUUUUCUGUCACGAGACCUGCAAAUGUGGUGGAAAUUGCACUUUUCGCAAUUUAAUCGGAACUUACGACCAAAUUCAACGUCGCAGAAAAGGAAUAAGUCCAGGUUCUUGAUCAGGACGUCAAACUACGUCAGGUAGCUUUCUUACUAUAUUCAUACAUUUAUCCUGGUGAUAAAUGCAUUUAAAAGGCAUCAUAAAACAUUGGGACGUUAAAUUGCCAAAUAUGGCAAAUCGGCCUUUAAACAAUUUUUCAAGCACGAAAACUCCCGCAUUUAUAACGACAGUGGAAAGAUUUUCUGCAUGCAUACAUUAACCACAUCUACCUCAUCGCACUCGACCAUUUUCAGUUCCGCAUCUGUAGCGGUAUUGUGUCACGUAACCUCUAAACAUGGGGGAAAUUUCACCUUUUGUAAUUUUAAUGGCAGUUGACGACAAAACUGUGCGUCCCAGAAAAGAAAAACGACCAGAUUCGUGAUCAGAACAUCAAACUACUCCCAGCAGGGUGCUUAAAACGUUUAAAUUCACAAAAUUUUUAUCACCUGACAAAUUCGUUAAGCUGGGAUCGAACUCUGACAUGAGACUGGCGUGAGCGGUAAAAGCCCGGUGCGAUCUGCCUGAUGUCAAUUUUCCGACGUCAAACCUCUUUGCCACUCAACUAUACUUCUUUCAUGUUUUCUCGUAUUUCUUUUAUCUGUAUCUUACAGAAUUGUCAGCUGAAGGUUAUUUCCUGAUUAUUUGUGUAUUUCUUGACAGUUUUACGCCAUGCUUUACUAUAAUUAUGCGUGUAGCCAUGUUUGUUAAUAUAUAUUGUAUAAUACAGCUUUGAGCAUACAGCAUUUCCCUGAAAGACAUUCAUCAGUAGUUUAGCGACCCUGAAAUGCUUUCCUCCAUUUUGCUUUAUUUCUUCCAUACUUUUUUACUUCUAUUAUGCUUUAUGUUCCUUUCACUGGGUAGUCUUCCCUGAACGUUAUUUUGUCCUAUUCAGGUAUUUCUUCCACGUUUUACAAUGAGGUUUGCUUCUCUUUGUGGACUUUGAAAAUUUCCUCCAUUGAAAAUUUGUUUCCAUUAAUUACAUUCCUUAAAGAGUUGUCUCUCCUGAAACAAUUCUUAUCUAUUUCCUUCAUGUUUUCUAGCAUUUCUUUCAUCUUUAUCUUCUUACGGAGUAGUCGCCCCUGGAGGUUAUUUCCUGAUUAUUGAUGUAUUUCUUUACCGUCUUACGCCAUGUUUUAAUAUAAUUAUGCAUGUAACCACAUAUUUUAAUACAGAUGUAUAUAAUAGAGCUUUGAAAUACAACAGAGUUGUUU